AUGGCGGUUAUGCACGCGCAGCAGGGAGCGGCGACAAGAUCGCGCAGGAGACGCGGAGGAAGCGGAGGGACCUCCGCUACGAAAUCAGCAGUCUGUGGAAGCUGGGUUGGCCGCUUGCAAUGGAGCUGCUUCCUGGCUCUUGCGGGUCUGGUGGUUCUGGUGUCUGGCCAAAAGGACUUGUAUGAGGUCCUGGGUCUAGGGAGAGGGGCGAGCUCCUCUGAGAUCAAGAAGGCGUACCGGCAGCUGUCGCUCAAGUACCACCCGGACAAGAACCCUAGCGAGGACGCCGCGACACGUUUCGCGGAGGUGGCGUCUGCCUACGAGGUGCUCUCCGACGAGGAAAAGCGGGAUACGUACGACCGGUUCGGCGAAGAAGGCCUUAAGCGCACGGAGCAGGGCGGCAGCGCAGACCCCUUCGGCGACAUGUUCUCACACUUUGGGUUCGGUGGAGGCCGGCGUCAACGAGAAGAGAGCCGAACGCCAAACGUGGAGAUCCCGUUGCGAGUAUCCCUGCGUCAGCUGUACGAGGGGGACACUUUCGACACCGUCUACGUCCGCCAGGCGAUGUGCGUUGGGGCGGGGCAGUGCGAAAAGAAAUGCAAGGAUUGCCAGGGCCCCGGCAUCGCCGUCAGGAUGCACCAGCUCGGCCCAGGCUUCGUGCAGCAGGUUCAGAUCCGAGACGACAACUGCAUAGCGCGAGGAAAGUGCUGGAAGAAGAAUUGCUCGGCCUGCCCGAAGGGUCCGACCCAACAGGAGGAGGUUAUCUUGACGGCGGAGGUGCAGAAGGGCAUGCGAGACAGAGACACGAUCGUCUUCGAAGAGGUGGCGGACGAGAUGAUCGGGCACAGGGCGGGGCACCUGGUGUUCAUCAUCGAGACGCUCGUCCACCCGGACUUCACGAGGAGGAACGACGACUUGCACAUGGAUAUGGAGAUCCCGCUCGUAGAGGCCCUGUCCGGUUUCGAAGUCAACUUCAAGCACUUGGACGGUCACACGGUGAAGGUGAAGAAGCAGGGGAUCACGUCUCCCGGCGACGUGAUGCAGCUAAAGAAGGAAGGCAUGCCCCGGAGAGGGAGCAACGGGAAAACCUUCGGCAGCCUCUACAUACGAUUUUCGAUCGCUUUCCCCAAGGCGCUGUCCGCCGAGCAAGUGACAACUCUGCGAGGCGUGCUGCUAGAGGGGGAGGACGAUAAGGCGGACGCGACGCAGGAGUUGUAG